UCCGCAUCAAGCCGCUUCUGGUGCCAAGCCUGGCAAGCCAGACCGGCGAGCCCCAUUAUGGUCCCCCCACUGUCCUCCCCCACUUUGGCAGUUUUGGCAAUGGCAGGAGGCACACACAGCGGGAAGUGGGGGGCUGAGCCAAGACAGCCCGAGGCAGACCCUGCAUGCCCGCAGCCCGCUAACACAUGGCGCAUUGUGCAAAUGGCCGGGCGCCUUUCCAGCUCGUGCCUCGAUCCAGUGCGGCGGUUUGUUCAGCUGGCAGCCACCAGCGCAGCCGCCCCUUCCCCCACAUAUCUCCCCAAGAAGAGGCGCACACAAACCGGCACAGAUCUGGGAACCAACAAAACUUUCGGUCCCCGGGUUCCAAACCCCAAAACCGGAACCCCCCCCCCCCUUCCCUCGCUCUCCGCCCCGCCUGGGUUGGUCGGAUCCACGCUGCCCGCUUGGGUGCGUUGCAUGCUGGUUUCGGCCCAGAUUCCCGUGUCCAGCGUGUUCCCGACAGUUGCCACAACACGCUUCUUGCCAGGCUCCGGUGCUUCCAUUCUUUUCGCUGUAGCCCGAGCCAGCUGACGUCGCAGGAAAACACGCCUCGUACGCCAUUGCCGCCCAUCGGCGUCGCUGCCGUCAUCGUCGUCCGCCUCUUGAGAGGAGCACCACAGCAAGGACAAGAGGUAGUCAUCAUGCUCUGGGCUGCCUGUCGUAUGUCCUCCAAAUCUGCCGAUCCUUUUCAUUGUCCAUUCUCGUCUGCGAGUCGGACGCUUUCCGCCUUCACCAGCCCAAGGAUCCGCUCCUGCUGGAGAUGAUCAGCCGCCCCAUGGGAUCUUGUUGGAAGCCUAGUGCGGCUCUCUGCGACCCCGGUUCUGUCGCCAUUCCCAGACAACGGCCGUGUUACACCGUGCUUCAAGAGGUGCAACCCAGUGCAACCCGACCAUGGCAGCACCAUCCUGGCGGUCCAGCUCGUCUUCGUCGUUCAACUCGUCGUCGCUGAGCGGCCGGCCGGCCUAUGGUCAACUUGCCAGCCCGGCCGACACAACCUUUACGCCCGUUUCGGGUGCAAUUUCCGCCCUGACUGCCCAGUCGUCGGCCCCGCAGACGCCCCCCGCGCCUCUCGAU